AUGGGUUGGUUUUGGGCAGACACCGCACCCGCUGCGCCUGCAGCACGUAUUGCGCCACAUCCUAUGCCUCGAGGCAGCAUGGAGCCUCCGCCAGAAUGUCCAAUGCACAAGAAACCCACAGCGCCCGUAGUCGCCGAGAAGAAGACACCCCAAGGCGCUUGCCCAUACGUCCCACCUGAGAAUGCCUCUACCAGCGCAUCAGAGCCACCACCAAAGACCGGCUUACUCGCCCGCCUAAACCCUCUCAACAACAUGUUCUCCGAACUCUCAAACGAGCGCGCAGACAAGCAAUCCCUAAACCUCCCCCUCGAGCGCGAAACGUCGACGAUACCCAAAGGCGACGGAUCACUCUGGGAGUACCCCUCACCCCAGCAAAUGUACAACGCCAUGCUACGUAAAGGCUACACCGACACGGACAUCACAGCCGUCGAGUCCAUGGUCGGCGUACACAACUUCCUCAACGAGGGCGCCUGGGCCGAGAUCAUGGGCUGGGAACGGCGUUUUUCCCGCGGUCUAGCAGAAGGCUACGAGAUCUGCAAAAAGGGCGAAGACGUCGCAAACUUCAUGUUGGGAACACACGAAGAUCCCUUUGACACAACAACGUGGGAUCAAAAGGAUAUCCCUCCCCCGAAACUCCUUCGUUUUACCGGUCGCCCGACGGAACCUACGCCGAAAUCUCAAAUACUGCAGUGGCUUGGUUAUGUCAUGCCUGAGAAGUUUGGCACGGCGCCGCCGUUUGACCGCCAUGAUUGGUUCGUCGAACGCUGUAACGAGAAGGGGUGCAAGGAGGUUAGAUAUGUGAUUGAUUAUUACGAGGGUGAACCCGAACCUACGGGCGAACCAGUCUUCUUCCUCGAUGUUAGGCCGGCGGUUGAUGGGCCCACCAGUGCGGCGGAGAGGUUGAUUAGGUCGGGCACAGAUGUUUGGUGGAAGGCGUCCGGGGGUGUGGCGAGGGAGUUGAGGAAGUUGGAGGAGGCGAAGAAGAAGAAGGAUGAGGAGUGGGCUGCUAAGAGCAGACAGUACAAUUAG